AUGUCGACUGCUCGAAAACGUCGUGCUAACCGUCUUGCAUUACUUCUUAAUGAUCCACCUCGGAAACUAGAAAUCGAUGAAAUUUCUCGUAUACAUUUCACACAAACACACAUACAUUCACGUUUCUCAAACAAUAGUCAAAAUAUGGAUGUUUUCGACACUUACUUUACCCUCAAGUUUGGUUUGAUGCCUAUCGAAGAACUGCCACCAAUUCGGGUGUAUGAACAUUAUAAUAAGUUGUGGUCAAUAGAUAAUCGUCGUCUAUGGAUUAUGCGUGAAGCGGGAAAAUUUUAUUAUGAAGGACCAUAUACACAGAGGCAUAGUAUGAGUCGAUUUAUGGAAUUUGCCGACAAGUAUAAGAGUUUGCAUGGAACUUCUGGUGAACAGGUAGAAUUCCAUUCAGGUGAUUCGUCCGCAUGUUGCAUCGAAGCCUGGAAUUCAGGCAUACUCGAUGAGCACGAAUUCAACUAUCACUUGGGAUUAACACACAAUGAAAUGAAAUUUUUUAUUCAAUGUCCAGUUCAUCAUCAUUUCUCGUGCGAGUGCCUCGAUAUAAUGCCUGAUGGCACUCGUACAAUCUCUCUUCAAGAAGCAUUCGGCAAGCGAUGUCGACUUAUUCGACAAUUGGCUAAGAAAAACGGUUUGGAACUGAGCACACGUAAAAAGCAAUUACUUAAUGGAUUUGAUGCGGAGACAGAAGAAGAAGACUCAUUAGAUGAACCUUUUGCACGAUUGCUUCUAUAUUCACCAAAUUAA